UGAUCCCAUAAAACAUUCAUCAGCUCUCAAUCCCUGAUCCAGCCCCAUAAAACAUUCAUCUUUGCUUUUCUCCCCACUCACAAGCCCACCCCCCCCUUUCCCACUUCCUCCUUUGCAAUCCCAUGCAAAAGCUUAUAGUGCGCAGUAUUAUAGUCAAUUUCCCUCAACAGACACAGGCUACACGUACUUUGGGAUACCUCUGUGUUAGAAUUUCAGACCGGGGACGGCAGGAUCUGCGUUUCAGCAUCCGUGGAUUGCUUUGGGCUUCUCCCAGUUUCCUUCAAGGCUCUGUCACACCUUGGAUUGCUGCUGCUGUUGUUCUUUUUUUUGUUCGCUCUUUUUUUUGGGGAGGGGGGUUGUUUUCUGAAAGGGAUCUUCCGUCUGGAUGUAAAUCGUAGUUGUGUAUUCCUUGCGCUCCCCAAAUGACUGAUCUUAGUUCGCUGGGGAGACUUGGUUCUCCGCUCCGCUUCUAUAAGCAAACCUUUGGCUAAAGUUUUCAUGGACCGGUUCUCAGUGAUCACCGGUAUUUUGGAUUUGGCGUUAUUUCCAGUUUAAACUGCGUCUUUUCCGUCAAAGAUCACAAAAAUCAAGUAUCUUGUUUUCGUUAACAGGGUGCCUUCAGCUGGAAUUUAUUUUAGUAAAAAUGAAGACCACUGUUGCAGAAGGAAGCAGACUCCUAUUCCUGGUGCUGUGGCUGAAUUCUGUACCCCAAGUGGAGUGCUGCCCAGGGGUCUGUGUGUGUUACAGUGAACCUAGAACGACAGUGGCGUGCCAGCAACAAGGACUGUCCUCCAUUCCCACUGAGAUACCCAUUCGCAGCCAACGAAUAUUCCUCCAGAAUAACAAGCUAACAGUGGUGAAGUCUACCAGUUUCAGUUCUUGCCACAACCUGACUGUGCUUUGGCUCUACUCCAACAACAUCAGCCACAUCGAGGCUGGUGCUUUUUAUGGACUGGAGCGAUUAGAAGAACUGGACAUUGGAGACAACUCCAACCUAAGGAUCAUCAGUCCCACAGCCUUUCGGGGGCUGUCAAGACUGCACACCUUGCACUUACACAGGUGUGGGUUAUCAGAGCUGCCCAUUGGUGUCUUUCGAGGGCUAUUUUCUCUACAAUACCUGUACCUCCAGGACAACAAUUUGCUGACCCUGCAUGAUGACACUUUUCUAGACUUGGCAAACCUGACCUAUCUCUUUCUCCACGGCAACAAAAUCAAGACAGUGUCUGAGAACAUGUUGAGAGGCUUGAUCGGUCUCGAUCGUCUGUUGUUGCACCAGAACCGGGUGACAUCUGUGCACCGGAGAGCCUUCCAUGACUUGGGAAAGUUGACAACCUUUUAUCUGUUCAAUAACAAUUUAACUGUGCUCACUGGGGAAACCAUGGAUUAUCUGGUGUCGCUCCAAUACCUGCGUCUGAACGGUAAUCAAUGGAUUUGUGAUUGUAGGGCCCGAUCUCUAUGGGAUUGGUUCAAACGAUUUAAAGGAUCCAGCUCUGAAUUGGAGUGCCAUGUUCCAGCAAGUCUUGUUGGUAAGGAUCUCAAAAGAUUAAAGGCCAGUGAUCUGGAAGGGUGCUUAGAUAACUCACAUCAAAUCCGAACCAGCAUCUUCAGUACCAAGACCCGAUCUGGCAAACUACCCUCGACUGAGACUCCACUGAGAGAAGGGUCGCCCAGGUGCUGCCUUCCGGAGAGUGACAAGUCCUCCAUUAUCUCGAGCAAGGGUCUGCCAGAUCCCUCAUCCUACAACAGCCGGCAAAUCACAAAUAACCCACUCAAGGAGAAGGAGAACAUCUCAAAACCCAAGUUCCCGGAUGUAGACCCCACUAAGAAUGGCACUCGGAACAAACAGAGACUGAAUGACGAUCCAGUUGGGACCUUUUCCAACACGCAGGACGAUCCUUUGGGAAAGCUAAAACCAGAUUACACUGACAACCUGGAACCCUCCACAGCCCCCUCAAGGAAGAAAAAGAAGUGCUCAAAAAAGCCAAAACCAGAUGCCCAGUGUCUCAAAAGCAAAGGGUCUACAUCUCGGGCUCUGAACCUUCUCUUCUUGCCCAUCAUCUGGUUCUCUUUAACCAUCUGUUAGGAAAUGGGACAGACGUUGCAUAUUUUUCUUGCUGAUGACAAUUUCUUAGAACCUGCAGUGACCUCCACAAACUGACAGAAAGAGAAAAUAAGGGACAUGCUGUAAAUCCUAAGAGAAAAGAGAAGCUUUGUUCAACUAAAACAAAAAAUACAACUGGAUGCCUUUAUAGAAUACAUCAAAUCUAUUGUAUAUAAUUAAUUGGUGCCCAAAUUGUUUCUGUUCUAUGUACUGUGUCUAAACUGCACUUCUGAAACUCCCCCUCCCUUUCAAGGCUUAUGCUGCAAACACAGUGAUGUGACAGACUACCGAAGACAAAGCAAAUGGGAACACAAAUGUACCAUGUAGAUGCUUAUUAAACCAAGAAUGUUUUGGGGGUUUGGAAACCUACUUGAACCUAAAGAUGUGGCAGAAUUUUUUAUUUUUGGCAAGAAGUGAUGCAUUUGUUCAAUGCUGUGUUGGGUUCUUAUGUUUAUAAAUACUACAGAUUAAAAACAAGAUGUUUAUUCUCCUUUUAA